CUCGCCGCCGCCGUCUUGGAAAAACGUUCGUGGCAAAGAGGUUGUAUAAGCACGAAAGUGGCGCGAUACUGCGAUACCGUUGCCACGGCAUCCGCGUGUUUGGCGCACUUUGCCAACACGAACCACAAACGAUUUUUAUUUUUAUUUGAUUUACAUUAUACUAUAAGUACUAAAAAUUAUUAUUUCGUGUUUGUGGCCCGCGUUAUAGUAUUGAAUAAUAUUUUCAACCGUCAAAGAUUAUAGUGCAACCGUUCACGUUAUUAACAAAAAAAAAAAAAAUAUUAUCACCAGCCGAAUCUCACGUUGUCUGCCAAACAGGCACGUAAAUCUGUUAUAUCGCGCGUGUGCGACGAGUAGACGGCGUCGACGACUACAAGAAAAAUAUUCAAAAAACUCGAGUUUCAUCAUAAUUAUUUUUAUGUAAUAUUUUGUACGACUAUACCUACUGUAAUAUAGAGAGAAUGGCCGACAGCGUGCCCGUAUCGGAUGUUGUUUGCGUCGACGACAUGGGCAAGGCCAGAGUCAUGGAACCCGUGUUGGCGGACAAGGUGGCCGGUUUGAGGGACCAAUGCACGGAAUUCAUGAGCGAUAUAGAGCUGUACCGCGAGGCGGUGGACACCUUUAUCGGCGUCAUGGACCAUUUGGCCAAACAGGUGGAGCGAGAAAAGCGGGAAGCAAUCGUCGCGUCGAACAAGCUGGCGUCGUUGCCCAACAAGGCCGAAGAAGAAAUCGCUACAUUACAAACACAAAUCGAACAAAAAACCACGGAGCUCGAACGUUACAAGAUCGAGCACAGGUCGCUGCAAAAAAUCGAAUCCGAUCAAACAGAUUUAAUAAAUCGGUUAUCGUUUCAAAACUAAAUGGUUUUUGAUUACGUUUUAUGACACUAGACCUGUGCGAAUCAUUUAUAAUAAUUAACAUUUCAAAGGCAUAAUGAUACAAAUAUAAACAGCAAUACAUCAAUA